AUGGCGUUCAGCUACCGGGACCUUUUCUUCGGCGGCACGACUUUCUGCUGCUGCCUGCCUGUGCGCGUGGGCGUCCUAAUUAUGUCCUUCCUGGGGAUGCUAUUGUCAGGGAUACUCUCUAUAAUUUUGUGGUUUGAGGUAGCGAGCACCCCGGAUAUGACUUCUGGCGAGAAAGCAGCAUUUGUAUGCGCAGGUCUCGUAGAAACAUUGCUGUUUGCGGUGUGCAUACUCGGUUUUGCCGGUGUAAUCGUUCGGAAGCAACUCUUCGUGAUGAUAUAUGCCUAUUUCACAUACUUCCAUUUCGUGCUCAACGUCGGUGUCGCUAUUUGGCUGCUGUGGCUCGUCACGCACGGCACUGAGAACGCUGCUGUCAACGCAUGCCAAAGAACGAUACAAAACCAGGAUGCCCAGAACCAAUGUAUUGGGUUGCUCAAGAUUGCGAAGGGUGUCUAUAUCGGCAUCGCCCUCGUGGUGCUACUAGCGGAACUGUACGGCGCAAUCAUCGUCGCUCGCUACGUAAAUCAGAUUCAGCGGGAAAAGCGCGGCGCGCGUGCUUCUCGGAUGUCGACUAGCAACGAGAGCGCCUUCAAGCUCGUACCGCAACGGGGUGUUCGUUACUCGAGCGUUCCCGGUGGACAGCACGUCACGCAUCUAUCAUACGACGGCACCAAAGAAUUUGAUCCCUACCGGGAAGUUGGCACACCCCCGCUGGAUGCUGGGGCCAUCGCUGGGGGAUCAUUCUCUUACGGUUCACCUCCGCCGCUAGUCGCGACGGAGGAAGUAGCAUACGGAGGCGGUUCGUGGACUCACGAGCAGAUCGGCGCAGAGGAGAAAGAGAGGCUGAAACAGCAGGAUAUUGACAUGGGUAUACUUCCUGCCCCGCCAGAGGGCGAAGUGAGUGCCCACCGUGAUACCAAAUCACCAGAUGGGCCACCGCCUCCGAAUACCUCUGCGAUUGAUGAGCUCCCGAGGUACACACUUUCUGAUCCACCGUCAAGUAGAGUUUGA